AUGCGUCGACCCGCACCACCACCACAGUCGUCGGACGACGUCGAGCUGGACUAUGGCAGCGCAGAAGCGUCCGGAAGCGGCUCGCAUUUCUUGGUGCCGAGCGAGGACCUGGGCCGAAAUGAAGUCGACGCUCCCACAGCCAGCCGCGGGCGGAAGUUGCUGGCCUACGAAACGGAUCAUUUCGACGCAACGGCCCCACCAGCCAGUCUUCCCAUACCCGAGGCUUCCAAUCCGAUUCGCCCAAUAGCACCUCCCGCGGGUGACCACUUCGAAGACAAUGCGUACACCUCCCCUGAGGAAGGGGCCAUUGCAGGCCCUUCCUCGCCCGACAGGCCAGCAUACAACUUUUCAUCGUACGACAAUCUGCCUGGUGGGACCUAUCCUGGGCAUGCAGACCUGCAUCACCCGCCACCGCCCAUCUAUCCGCCGCCAGAUCUACCGCACGCUUCGUCCGCCCACUAUGCAUACGACCCCAACGCUCCGGCGUUUGAACCUGCGCCGCCGGUUCUCGAUUACUCAUCUUCCGUUCAUCACACCUACAACGCUGCGGCAGUGGACGACUAUCCGGCCGGAUUCGACCAGGCUUUUCCGAGCUAUGAGCCAAGCUACCAGCCAGGUCACGAGCCAGCCUACGAUCCCCGUGCUCCUUACGACUCGGGCGCUUACCGCAAUCCCGAGCUGUAUGGCCACUCGUACGCAUCGUAUCCAUCAGCAUCGAGCUCUUUUCAGCCUUCGUACCCCGGCACCUUUGACGGCGCCUAUCCGACAGGCUGUCCGCAUUUCCAGAUGGCCGGUCACCGUCCACAGAACUUGCUCAAGCAGCAAAAGAAGCAGGAGAGGAAGCAGAGGAAGCGCGAAAAGAAGCAACUGAAGCUGGCCGCCAAGAUCGCCGCUCACAAUGCAUACUUAGACGCGUACAAUGGCGCUUCUUCAUCUGUGAAUGUCGGCGAUGCCACCUACGAGGAAGACGUCGACUGGGUCGAAGAUGCUUGCUGCGAAGAGCUCGGCAUUUCUACACAGGGUGAGGCACGGCAUGAGGUCGAAGCUCCAGCGACAUCUCCGCCACCGGCGGCGUCCGAGCCGAACAGCGUCGAAGAAGAGGGGCGGAUCGUAACUACACUGGCAGAGGACGCAGCGCAGGAGCAAGGCGUUGCUUUAAAGCCGCUCGAGGAGCUGCGAAAGAAGGUGCUUGCGUCUCGAAUGGCGAAGGUCGCUGCAGCGUCGGCAGCAGCAAAUUCCGCAAUCGAGCCUGCCGCAGCCGUCAGCGCGGCUCCCUCCGCAACAACGAACGUCUUCGAUCGCACCGCUACAUCAGGCGAGGCCGACGCGCUGCUCUCGCAGAUUGGCGAAUCGAUACGCGGCCUGAUUCGACCUUCAUACGAGGCCGGCGUUGCCAUGGAAGAAGGCGUGCUAGUCGAAGACUCAUCCAACGACUCAGCUUUGCCGUCUUCUCGGAAGCGGGCCUACCGCGACGUCGACGCAGUGGACGAUGGAGAUAACGUGGUCACAGCUGAUCUCGCCGGAGACGAGAACGCCUCCGCGCCGCUUCCGAGCCGCCGACAAAGGAUUUCGUACGCAGACAACUUCAGUCGUGCGGCCAAGGCUCCCUCUGGAGAAGUCGAUCUCACCGCGCCCAUCCCCAACCUUCCGGACUUGGCAACGUCGGCAGCAAAGUCUCCGCUCCUUACUGAAGCGGCCUCGCGUCGUCGCCCGGUAGCAGCUGACUUCGACGUCGAAGAGUACCGUCCGCUUUUCCGACCAAAUCGGUUCUUGGACGUCCCCUCGGGCCUCAAUACGGUCGUCGAUCUGUCAGACGACGAGCUCGAAGAAGACGAGCCCAACGUCUUCGAGAUGUCCAAGUACACGCGCCUUGACGUUGACGCGAGCGAUGUGGCACUUUUGCGCCAGAAGACUGCAGACGAGCACUACGACAACUUUUGUGCGCUGAAUGGGCUGCAGCCGGUCCGCAGAGCGCUCACGCCUCUUCAAGACGGAGUGAAAAUGGUCGAGGGUACGAACGGCACGGCACACGGUACGAGUGUCUCGAGAGAAGGUCUGCUGGCGGGAUUAGCCGCCAAUGGUAGCGCAGAUGCCGGUUCUUCGGCGCCUUCGCACGAGGAGCUGUUGCGUAAGGAGCUGGAGAUCAAGCUAUUGAUGCGGAAGAUUCAGAUGAUGGAAGAGCGCAAAUCAAAGCAGCAAACUGCGGCGAUCGCGUCCCCAUCAGCAGGUCCGAUGCCACCACGCUAUCAUCAAUCCGCCGACAUGACUCCAGUCCCGCCGGGCCAGCCUCUUACAGCGACAGUCCAGGCUGUCAGCAUGCCGGCGACCGUCAUUGCAGCGGCUGCGCCGUCGGCAGACGCGGAGACACCGCGCAAGAGCGUCCAGCAAAGCAGUGCCAACGCAAUGAAACUCGACGCGGCGCUGCAGAAGAAGCGCGAAGAGCUCCUCGCGUCGCUAGCAAGCAAACGCAAGAACGCGACCGCUGUGAAGGUCUUGAACGGUGUCACGCCAGGCGAACAACUGGGUGAGGUCGCCACAGCAUCGACGCAGGAUCACGUCAGUACCGCGCCAUCGAAUGGCUCCCCGUCCGAAAGCAUCAUCAUGGCCAAGCCCGGCGAUCAAGAAAAGGUCACACCGCACCCACCCGUGGUCUCGCGGUACCGACCCGUGGUGCCGAGUCUGUUUCAGAGCAUAACCUCAAAAGUCCGAUCAUACCUCCCACCCUCACUUGGCUUCUCCGUCGCGUCAUCGUCAAGAAGCGCGGACGAGAGGACGUCGGUCAAGUGGUGUCCCCGCGAGGCGGACGGAGACGAGUGUGCGGAUGCGAGAUGCACGCAGCGGCACGCACGAGAGUUUGAUGCGCAUCAACAGUGA